AUGGGAGAUUUACCAAGCUCGCGUUUGAGGGCCGAUAAGCCUUUCGCAAGGGUCGGUAUAGAUUUUGCCGGCCCAUUAUUUAUCAAAGAUGGUAAACUCAGGAAUAGAAAAAUCGUUAAGGUUUAUUUAUGCGUGUACGUAUGUUUUUCGUCCAAGGCUGUCCACUUGGAAUUGGUAGGUGAUCUUACCAGCGAGUCAUUCUUAAACGCGUUAAAGCGAUUCGUGUCAAGACGCGGCUUAUGCGAACACAUUUAUUGUGAUAAUGGAACUAACUUCGUUGGGGCAAAGAAUGAGCUCAGCGAAAUCUCCAAAUGGUUAGGUGACAUACUAAAGGACAGUAAAUUUGCGAAUUUUUUGUCGCAGUCCCUUAUUACUUGGCAUUUUAUUCCCCCGCGGGCUCCUAAUUUUGAGGGCCUUUGGGAGGCGGCAGUGAAGAGUGCAAAAUGUCACAUUCGUAGGAUCACGAGUAAUGCGCAUUUAACGUUUGAGGAACUGUACACUGUGAUUACGCAAGUCGAGGCAGUUAUGAAUUCCAGACCAUUGGUCCCGAUGUCAGAUGAUCCUAAUGAUCUUGAGAUUUUAACGCCGGGGCAUUUAUUAAUUAACAAAUCGCUCACGGCAGUGCCGCAGGUAGCACUAAGCGAAUUACCGACCAAUCGACUGAAUCAAUACCAACGUCUCCAGCAACUCGUUCAGCAUUUUUGGUCUAGAUGGACCAACGAAUAUUUGUCGUACUUGCAACAAAGGUCUAAGUGGAAGACUAACGGUCCGAUCGAAAUUAAGAUAGGUAUGAUGGUGCUGUUAAAGGAGGAAAACACACCACCUCUUAAUUGGAAGUUUGGUCGCGUAACGGAGUUGUAUCCUGGAGUCGAUGGUGUAAUUCGCGUAGUCGGUUUGAAGACAGCCACGGGAUUGAUAAAACGAUCGUUGGGAAAAAUCUGCGUAUUGCCGUUCGAGGAUUCGAAUGUUGUUAAUUAG